AUGGAGUAUAAAGCAGCAGCUGUACUUGAUGAAUACAGUCAGGGACUACUCGAGCAGUCCAUGACCAACUGGAAAGAGGAAAGCCAAAGGAAAGAAAAGGCAAUGACCCCCAAAGUGCACAUCAGUACCUUUCCUCAAUAUUGCUUAACUGCAGACUGCUAUGCAGCUGGCGAUGGCUUGGGCUGGUAUGGCUCAGAAACACAUUAUCAAUCAUUUGGACGGUUUCAUGGAGCUUUGCAAAGCUCCAUUUUUGAUGGUCUUGUUUAUCAAGUGGAUCUUGGUGCGUCGUUUAAAGAAGGUAAACAUGCUGUAGCAACAACAGUGGAUGCUACUAUAUUUGGCGUAGUGGCCAAUUUAGCUACGGACUGCCAAAGGAGUUAUCGUUUUAUAAUAUAUUGA